GUCCCACCCCUGACGUAGAUAGCGAGCUCGUCGCACAAUUUGUUUGUCGCGCAGGCCCAAAAAAGUAUGGCGACGUGGGAGAGCGACAAGUUUCAAGAAGAGAAUGUCGAUGGUAUUGAGAGCAACUUCGACAAUAUCCUUGUGACGCAUGAUCUGCAGGAUUGCUUGGACGAUACCCUAGACCUGUCGAGCUUUGAGAAGGUUUACGCACAAAGCGCGGUGUUCGAUUAUGAGAGGUACUCCGAUGAUGAUGUUGCUAUCAGCGAGAAACUACCCGCCGAUGACAAUACGACCGGACAUAACUACCAUACAAUUAAUGCGGAUGAAAUUUAUAUGCGGAUUCAUGAGGGACAAGACGCAUUAUCUGAAGAUUGUGCAACUUCUCAUGAGACUGUCGCAAUUGAAAAUAUAGAUCCAGAUACUAAUCAGAAACAUAUCAAUCGAUAUAAUUGCCAAUAUGAAGGCUGCAGCAGAACAUACAGUACUAUUGGAAACUUGCGUACCCACAUGAAAACACAUAAAGGCGAGUAUCGAUUUAAAUGUGCAGAGCCGAGUUGUGGCAAGGCCUUUCUCACGUCCUACAGCCUAAAGAUCCACAUUAGGGUACACACAAAAGUAAAACCGUUUGAAUGCAAUCACAAAGGUUGCGAGAAAGCAUUCAAUACCCUUUACAGACUGAGAGCUCACCAAAGACUCCACAGUGGCAAUACAUUCAACUGUGAAGAGACUGGAUGCCUUAAAUUCUUUACUACUUUAAGUGAUCUCAAGAAACAUAUACGUACUCAUACUCAAGAAAGACCAUACAAAUGCAGAGAGAAAGGUUGCGGAAAGGCCUUUACGGCUUCACAUCAUUUAAAAACGCACAAAAGAACACAUACAGGCGAACGACCAUAUAUUUGUACCUUCCAAAAUUGCAAACGAUGUUUUACUACUCCUCACAGUUUAAAAAGCCAUAUAAAGACACAUUACAAAAUUAUAAAUAAUGAAAAUAAGCGUAAAAACGAUAUGACUGAGGAGCUAAGAAAGUUAACUCAAUUAGAAUUAAAACUUGUAAAAGUUAAUAACACCACUAUACCAUCGUAUGCUGUUAUACCAAUAUCUUCAAAUUUUGCACAAAAUAAUGGAAAUAUGCCAUAUGUAUCCCCAAAGAAUACAGUAGGACAAGCAGUUUCCACCAGUGUAACAGCAAACAUUAUGAACCAUCAUAAGCUGGAUACGAAACUCUGUUAUAUUCAUACCAAAGACGUAGAAAAUUCGAAUAAAACCGCCGAAACUGCACUUCUUGCAACGGAUGUUAAUUUAGAUAAUUAUGAUGAGCACACAAUUGACGCUUUUAAUAAUAACGAGGACUACAAUGAAUUUAAAGUAUUCAAUCAAAUUACGGAAUCAAAUAUGCAACAUGAUAAUUUAACAGAUAUAACUGGACAUCAUGAUCAUUCGCAUGAGACAAUUUCGUUAUCGGAAGUACAUAGCAACACUACAAAUAGACAGGAUCGAUCUGUCCUAAUAAAUUUAGAGCAGAAAAUUAUGCAGGACGGUUUGCAGAACGCAAUAGCACAUAUUUCUGAUGGGACACAUUUCACGAGUGAUAUGAAACAGUACAAAAACCUAUCUAUCACCACUCCUGAUGAUGUAUUUGUGAACCAAUCAAAUGCAGAAAGAAUAGUCGAUGACAACAAUGCGUUGUAUAGUGCCAAUUGUAUUACUAGUCAUACAAUUUCCGAUAUUAUAAGUUCCUCAAACGAAACUCACCUCUUCCAGGGUGGAAUGGAAACUCUCACAUUUACCAAUGAUGCAACUUUGCAACAAGAGUCUCUCAACACGAUUUCGAAUCACGAUUUAUGUGCAGAUGUUACGAAUGCGCAAUCCGAAGCCAUUGAACUGGCGAUAGCGACCGAAGAAGAAUUACCUUCACCUUGGAUAGACGUGACUGCUUUGGCAACUGCACCCGCAUUGAGAACACAAUCUUGGUCGGAAUUUAAUGCCUUUCCCACAGCAGUUCAUUCUCUGGUGGAUUUAGUUGGUCCGGAGCCUUAUCCAUUAGAAAUAGAGUCUCAAUUACCAUCUACAGAAAAUUUAAAAAAUAUUGAUACAGUAAAUACGGAACAUACUCCGACAAACAAUGAGGCUAUACAAUGCCAAAAAGUUAUUAAUUAUGAGCAUAAGACAAAUAUAAAAAAUAAGAAAGACAGAAAUGUUCUACAGGAGAUCACAGCGGAUGCUGAUAUAUGUAAAUGUAUCGAUUGUAAUUGUGACAACUUGCAAAAUUGUCAAAACUGUACAAAUAGUUCUGUUGUCCAAGUCACGAAAAAAGAUACGAUAAGAAUUGUGGACGACUUCGUGUCUUCCUUGCAAAGUGGAUGUUCCUGCAACGCCGAAUCUGGUGGUUGUGAUUCUUGUUGUGUCGUAAUUUGUCUGAAAACACUGCAACAAAUACAAAAAGUAUUUAGCAAUUGUUGUAAAAAUACUAGCAAUGCUACAGAUACACACCCAUCAUGUUGUAGAGAAAAAUUACUACCUUCUUUGAUGAAGUAUCAACUAGCCAGGAAUCAAUAAAUCACAAAUUUUUUUAUUAACUAGUCAUGCAAAACAAAUAACGCUCCUCAUGUUAACUUUUGUAAAAAUUUGUGAUUUUACACCUGAUAGCUUUAAAUUUACUUUGUGAGCAACUUUUGCUUUCCAAACGUUUUAUUUAAGAGACAAAUUUUUAUCUAAGAAAUUGAAGAGAAUAUAUGACUGUACAGAUAUAUAUACCAUAUUAAAGUCCAACAAUGGAUAAAUAUAUGUUAUAUAUCUUGUGCCAAAUAUUUAUAGACUUUUUUACUAAAAGUGUUUAUAAAAGUGUACAAAAUUACUGUUGCAUAAUUUGUGAUAAACAGAGUAUCCACAAUUUCGGAAUAUUGUUUAUAGAUAUAAAAUGAAAAUUAAUAGUUAACGAUUCUUACACAAAAAUGUAAGAAAAAAAUGCAC